GCACCGCCUGCCUCACCGAACGUACCAAGCAAUCCGUCCAUCGCCCGCUGUCACCACUCGCCUUGCACCAAAUUCCACGUAUCCGCUAUCGCACGCCCAGUAUUGCAACAACCGGUCGUUUCUCUGGACGUCAACGCCUUCGAUCCUCCCCUCGAGCUUGUGCUGAAUUUUGUAUUGAUAACAAGGGGGAAGAGUAGGAUUUGCGAAUUAGAAAAGAAGAGAGACAGGAAAGAUGGACGCGCCGGAGCCGGAUACCCCUUUCUCUGCAGUGUCGGCGCAGACGACGAAGUAUGGACGGUUAUACCAAGCAUACCUAGACAAGUCGACGCCAUUUACCGCGUAUAGAUGGACAGGUACCGGAGUACUCUUUCUGCUCUUCGCGCUGAGGAUAUUCCUUGCACAGGGGUGGUAUAUUGUCGCCUACUCCCUCGGCAUCUACCUCCUCAACCUCUUCCUCGCCUUCAUCUCCCCCAAAUUCGACCCCUCGCUCGAACAAGACGAAGGCAUGGAAGACGGCACCGCCGGCGGCCUCCCCACAAAGCAAGACGACGAGUUCCGCCCCUUUGUGCGGCGCCUCCCCGAAUUCAAAUUCUGGUACAGCACCACAAAGGCGAUUGCCAUUGGUUUCUGUUGCAGCUGGUUCGAGGUGUUCAACUUGCCAGUCUUCUGGCCCGUGUUGGUGGUGUAUUGGUUGAUCCUUUUUGGCUUGACGAUGCGUCGUCAGAUCCAGCACAUGAUCAAGUACCGCUACGUCCCCUUCACCGUCGGCAAGACGCGCUAUUCGGCGAAAUAGGGGCCUAUUCUUCGGCGAUCGCGUUGAACCCGCUCUCGCGGGAAUACAUUGGGCUCUCGCAUUGGUAAAGGCGAUGACUAAACUCUCACCUUUAUAGUCGCCACUGCAAGGUCCGUACUCUUGGCACAGAUGGGACAAAUUCAUUCAUACUUGGCUGGUGACCUUAUCACAUUUUUUUUCAAAACGACCUUGUAAAGUAUAGAACAAGACGUUUGUCCUUAUCGUUUUUUCGAAGGGCAUGCGUAGCAUACUCUUCCGCCUCCUUCGGACUUGGCAAUGGAAACACUAGGAGGAUUACGUCGACUUGGGUUGAGAGAACGGAAUGCCCUCUUAUGACAUGAGAUGCGAUGGAACCACCGGUGUCUCGCUCGCAUUUCGGGCUGAAGUUGUAUAGUAAUUUUAACAUAGAAUGGCAUGGAAAAGAAAACAGGAUAUUCAAUGCCAUAGACUUCUGCCUCG